UUCAGGAAUGCGAACUACCAUUGAAGUCUACAUAUUUAGAUCACAUGUCAUGAAUUCUACGUUCUGAAGUGAUUGGACAUUAUUCAUCCUGAAGAAGGCCACAGUGGUCGUUGAAAAUUUGAUCCAUGUACACGCAUGGAACAAGAUUGAUGUCACCGUUCGCAACAUAGGAGCUGUGUCGUCACACCAGUCCGACUUAUUGUCUUUCAAACAGCUUCUUGUGAAAUCUACUGUUGAUAGAUUCAGACGCCACUUUGCAUCCGAUAACCUCUGUACCUGGUCUACUGCAUGUACCCGCUUUGCUAUGGUGGUGGCCCCGGAUGACAGUCCCGCACCCUUUGCAGGCUGCCCCUCCUCAUACACCCGUCGCGAGAACAAGUGCUUCACGCUCUACACACGCCCCCUUGCGAAAUCUAGCUGCGCCGCAGACGGGGCGGAACUCUUCAACAUCCGCAGCCGAGAAGACAACGGAUGGUUGGUCCAAAGGAUCAGGCGCCACAUGAGAGACGAUGUGUCCUCUGCCUGUGCCGCUGUAACAAUGAAGACCGACAACUAUUACGACAUACGACUAGAUGGGUAGUGGCCCUUCCGAAUGGGACAAUGUACGCUCGAUCACACCUAACAUUAGUAUUGAGAGGUUGUUAAGGGAACGUCUUCUGGAUGAUAGAACACCCCAUGUUUCCGUUCGUGAAAUGUUAUAGAUAUUGUUAUUCUUACUUUUGUAUGGCCUGUAUUUUUCUUUUGUGAAAGCGAAAGAAAAAAAGCAAACACUUUGGGGGGUCUUUCGAUUCUCCCAUCCCCGAAAAGACAGAUCUUUGGCAUUUUGACACGUUGGCCCCUUUUCCGAUGCGGCCAGGAGCGGUAUUGCAGAUAAGGCUAUAACUCUUGAGGUGCAUGGUGCUUGACUACAUUUGGGGACGAAUUUACCCAAGAUUUGAAUAUAAGCUACCUGUUGAGCUGAUGUUGAAAAGGGCUACCGUAUUAUA